GUGAUACUGCAGGUUACACAAGGCUCACACUGAGACUGGCUGUGGUGAGGGGUGGUACAGGCAUCAUCACCACCUAUUUACCACUUUCGUCUAUUAGUUCGCAAGGCUCUGUGAUACGCUGAUCUUCCUCACCUGUGUGCCUCCUUGCCUGCCUGCCAGGUCUUCAUAAAUAUGACGGGAGUGAGCGUCUUGGCGUCAUGGCUGGUGCUGGUGGUGGUGGUGGUGGAGGGGGUGAGGGCGGGGGUGCUCCUGCAGGUCAACACCGCCCACAACACACUCACUAUGGACGCCCACACCAUCCACUUCACCCACCCUAAAGGAGAGGCGCAGGUCCGCUGGGGUCUGACCAUUCCUGAAGGCAUCGAUGGAGUCCCCUGCGGCGAGGGGGAUACUUGCCUGGACUUCGGGGUGGCCAAGGUGGUGGUGACGACGGAGGACCACUGCCAGAAGGUGUCCUGGGUCGCCACCAAUAUCACCGAGCUCAAGGACUGUGUGGUACUGGAGGGUCACUGGUACGGGGGUGGAGAACAAAUCACGCAGCCGUGGCCUAUAGAGAAGCAGCCGCGUGUAGAGACUGCCUACAUCACCGCCGACAUGCUUCAGAACCCCUCGGAGUGGUACGCCGGAGUCACCGAAGCCUACUGGAUCUCCUCCCUCGGGGUAGCUGUCAGGGUGGAGGAGGAGACGCCGCUGUUCCUCAGUGUCCCGGACUAUGACGGAGACUCCACGGCCGACGAGCUCUGCCUCGACGCCCGCCACCAGCUGCCCUUCGUCGCCGCCCCCGGCAGCCCUCUUGCCCUCAGCUACUUCCUCUGCUCCGCCGACGACGUCAGGAAGGUGCACGAAGCCAGUUACCCCAAGUUCUUUUCGCUGCCGGAGGGGGUCCCGGACGCUCUCAUGAUACAGGACCCGAUCUGGUCGACCUGGGCGGAGGACAAAACUGAUGUCAACGACUCUAGGGUCCUCGACCUCGCCCAGCAGAUUAAAGAACAUGGCUUCAACAACAGUCAGCUGGAGAUCGACGACGACUGGGAGACCUGCCAUGGCAACGCCGUCUUCAACCCUGACAAAUUCCCAGACCCCAAGGCCUUGGUCGACCAGCUCCAUAGCGAGGGUUUCCGGGUCACACUGUGGAUUCACCCCUUCAUCAAUGACGACUGUGAAGCUUUCGCAUAUGCUGACCAGCAUGGCUACUUUGUUAAGGACUCUGAAGGCCAGACCUCGAAGACCCACUGGUGGCAGGGGUCCAGCGCUGGUAUCAUUGACUUCAGCAACACUGAGGCGGCAGCGUGGUGGUCUCAGCGGCUGACUGACCUCCAGGAACAAACAGGAAUCGAUAGCUUCAAGUUCGACGCUGGGGAGGCCUCCUGGCUGCCUGACGUGUACACGCUCGAUGUCGACGAGAGGUUCUGGCCCAACGCUUACACCACGAAAUACGUGGACACGGUGGCGCAGUUCGGGAACAUGAUAGAGACCCGGACGGCGAGGGCCACACAGCGACACUCCACCUUCGUCCGUAUGCUCGACAAGGACUCUGUCUGGGAUUCCAACAAUGGCCUCAAGACCCUAGUUCCUUCACUCCUUCACUUUGGGAUACUAGGCUACCCCUUCGUGCUGCCGGAUAUGAUUGGUGGCAACGCAUACAACGGCCUUCAGCCAGACUCAGAGCUGUUCGUGAGGUGGGCACAAGCUAACGCCUUCAUGCCAGCUCUCCAGUUCUCCAUCUUGCCCUGGGAGUUAGAUCAGCAGGUGACAGACCUUAGCCUGGCGGUCACCAGCCUUCACGCCCAGUACACGGGGCUGCUGCUGCGCCUGGCGGAGGAAGCCACCAGCAGCGUGGCGCCCAUCGCCAGACCCACCUGGUGGCUGUGUCCGGAGCUGGAGGAAUGUCUCACCGCCGACCAACAAUUCCUGCUGGGGGAUGACCUACUGGUGGCGCCUGUGGUGGAGGCCGGCGCCAAUAGCCUGGAGGUGGUGUUGCCGCCCGGGUCAUGGCGUCAGGCUGGCACUGACCAGGUCACAGAGGGUCCAGUCUCCCUCAUACUCACAAACAUCAGCCUCGAGACCAUUGUCUACUUCACCCGGGAACCCACCAACUAACAAGUUCAACAAUCGUGCAUAGUUUAGCAGCUAAUAAGGUCAACAAUCAUGUAUAGCCUAGCUACUGAGUCAACAAUCAUGUAUAUCCGAUCAUCUAACAAGUUCAACAAUUAUGUAUAGCCUACUAACACAUUCAACAUUCAUGUGUAGGUUAGCUUACCAAUUAAAAAGGUCAAUACUCAUCUAUAGCCUAGCAACUAAUAAUCUUUUUUUUAUUAUUAUUAUUAACACAUUUGGGUACAGCUGCAUUUAUGUAGCUACCCUAAACUAUAUGAAGUGGAAUACAGUGUGUCAAGAACUAGCUAUCCCUAUCUCAGGAUGGUUAAUCAUACAGGUCCAUGUGAUAGGUUGUCUGCUCUGGCAAACUAUACAUUAUGCAGAUACCAUCAAGAACGCAAGAGUAAAUAAGAUAGCAAUGAUACUAAAAAGUCAUCUCACAGGAUGGCUAGUCAAACAGUGAUUAGUAGCCUGCACUGGCAAAUUUUUGGGUGUAUUUGAGGAUAUCCUCAAGAACACAAGAGUUUUAUAAAGUGAUUGCAAAGCUCAUGCCGGCGGGUCUGUAGGUCUAAUAACUGGGCAUUCAGUGAUGUAGUCUGAAUAAAUCAUAGUUUUUUAUACUGGUGUUUUCAGGCCUUUUGGAGUCAGUAAUUUAUCUCCUCAGUGUUUAAAACAAUAGUCCUUUAGACCUCAGUGUUUAAAACAAUAGUCUUGACAGCAGAGAUGGGAAUACCUAGGUUUAAUUCAACUUCAUCUUUGUUACACGCUAAUUUGACUGCAAUGUCUGUGUCAUUAUGAUGAGUUAUAUUUAUGUGAGAUGGAAUCAAUACAAAAGAGAUCCUAAACUCUUUAUUCUGUGCAGUCAGCAGGUAAUUUAUAAUUGCUCAUAUGAGGUUAAUAUAAUAAUAUUCAGGUAGAUUCCUGUAACAUGGAAACUUAACAUUUUUGCCUAACAACUAUAAGAAACUUCACAUCCUUGAGCUUAACAACUAUUUUUUCUCGGAUCUGCCAUGCUAGUUUAUAUACGCGUCUAAUCUAAAAUAAAAAAUAAAGUAAAAUAAAAAUGUAAUAUUUUUAUAUUUUCUAUAAUAUUACUAUAAUAAUAAUAAUAAUAAUAAUAUUACUAUAAUAAUAAUAAUAUAUAAUGUAAUGUAAUAAUGUAAAAUAAUAAUGUAAAAUAAUAAUGUAAAAAAAUAAUGUAAUAAAAAAUAAAGGGCUAAAACUAAUGUAACUAUACAUUCGUCAAGUAAAAGAAGUAUAGGCUAUUAACAAGGAUGCCAUUUUUGUUAUUAUUUGCAUUGAAAAUUAUAUAUUUUAGUAAUGAGGUUUGCAAGAACGUAUCGGAAUAAAUUAUGCUGUGAAAUUGGUUUAUAAUACAAUGCUGUUAAAAGUGAAUAUGCAUUAAAUAUAACAAAUAAUAAAUACAAAAGAAAAAAUUUCGUUUAUCAUAAAUAAAACCUAAAUAGCAGUUAAUAUGUAUAUUUUUGUGUUAAAUUAUCAAAGAACCCUUUCCAUGCAUGUAAUCAGACGUGUUAACACAAAUUAUAGAGAAGAGGAUUUAAAA